AUGCGUCGCGUCAGGCACAGCUGUGGUAUCCCGGGCAGCGUGGGUGUCGGUGGCCUGGGCUGGGGGGAUACAGUGGUGAGGGUUAAGCUGAGGGGAGUGGGAGCGGCAGUGGUUGAGGGGACUGGAAGCGGCAGUGGUAGUGUUGCAGCUGAGGGGACUGGGAGCGGCAGCGGUAGUGUUGCAGUUGAGGGGACUGGGAGGGGAAGAUGGCGCAGUGUUGGAAGUGCCACAAUGGAUGCACUCGGCGUGACUGUUAUUGCUGCCCAGAGUGUUGCAAAGGAUGUAAACCGGUGUGUCUGCAAUGUGCCGAGUUUGUCCACCCGCGCCGAAGUGGAGGAGAAUGCCAUGAUUCGGGAUGUAAAAACUGUAAUGACGGCUGUAUGUGUAACUGUUGUCAACGUAAACGCCUCUCCUCCUCCCAUUCCCAAACUACUGUCAGUUCACAGGGCGGCGUCUCUUCCCCCGGAUCCCCCUCUCCCCCCCGUGUAG